GGAGGCGUCCGGUUUUGGUGGCCGACGAGAAAGCCCUCAGGGCAAUUUGGCCCCCUUUUGCCGUUGUAGGGAGAACUCGCACGCUCUAACCCCGGAGGGCGUGGAAGAAGCCGCUCAGAAUGGCACAGUCUCGAAAGAAGUGCAUUUGCGAUCUGUGCUCCUGCGGGAGCCAUCACUGUCCACAUGUCCCCAACAAGAUUUUAGAGGAAAUAGAGAAUCAGCCAUGCCAUGUCUCAGAAUAUCAGGAGAAAUACCUCCUUCAUCCAAGUUUUAAACCACAGGAAUCAUUCAAACCUAAAUUAGAGUACCGUAAGAAGGCAGUUCCAAUGGAAUUCCUAACUACGACAAGGAACGAUUAUGAACCUCACAAAGCACUGCCAGUGAAAGUGAAGCCACCGGACAAGUAUGUGCCAAGUGACAAAACCAUGGAUUUGACUUCAACAUAUCAAGAAAGUUACUACUCUCAUGGUCUUUGCAGAGUAGCUUCAAUGAAACCUCAGGGAAAUCAGAUGUUCUCUGAUCAGAAAAUGGAAUUAGUGCCUUCAUAUAAAGAUGACUACUUGCCCUGGAAGCAACCAAAGCGAGACAUGAUUAAGCCAGAUAAUGCAUAUCACACAUCAUCGGCAAAGUUUGAUUACAAAACCACCACCCAGGAAGACUUCAAUUAUAAGGGACCAGUGACCACAGUCAGUUACAAGCCUCAUUAUGUGUCAAAGCCAAGCGACACACCGUUGGAAGACACGACCAGUUACAAGAUGAAUUAUAUAGUACAUCCCUUGGAGAAACGUUUUGUGCCCAAGUUAGAGAAAUAUAAGCCCAGUGGCAUUCCAUUUGAUCACCUCACCACCCAUAAGGACACUUACCAGGGGAGAGUGGCUGAAGCUGCCAAGUUGAUAAAGCCUAGGCCCACGGUCCAUUUGUCCGAUGCCCCUUUUGCCAAGUCCACUGAAUUUAGGGAGAAGUAUCAGGCGUGGCCAACACCUCCUUUGCACAUCAGGCCUCCUGUCAAAUAUAUCCCUCCGGUCGAAAAGAUGGCGUUAGUAACUACAACACAGUCUCAGUUCACCAGCCCAAAAGGUGGCCUAUCUAAGCCCUUCCGCCCUGUAAUUCCGAUCAAGAAGAGUUCCCCUUUUGAAAGCAUUUCCACUACUAAGGAUGAUUUUAAGCAGUGGUCGAUCAAGAAAAUGGAGCCCAUCAUACCUGUUGGCGAGCUGACCAUUCGCAGGGGUCCUAUGGAGGAUCUCUCCACCACCCGCGCUCACUAUACCUCUCACCCAAUUGUGCCCAUCAAGAACUUUAAGCCACCGUGGUCAUCUGCUAGACCUCAGGUCCCCUUGGCCACUGAAACCACUUAUGUCUCAAGCUACACUCCCAAAAAACUGGUCAAGUGUCUGGCUUCCUAUCCUGAGCCACCAGGCUAUGUAUUUGAAGAAACUGAUGCUGCUGGCCACAAAAUAUACCGUCCCGUUUCAGAUUACCAGCUCAGCUCUAAGUGUGAAGAGACAAGCAGACUUCCUUCGACCAACAGGCAGGAUCAUCUCUGCCAAAGCAAGACACCAGAGGCAGUCUAAUACCCUACCCUGCUUUAUUAUUUCCACUGAAUGCAGGAUAUCUUUCAGAUGGACUGCUGAGCUUCGAUCGUUUAAAAAUCUUGACCUUCUCCAUCACAUACAAGGGAAUCUCCAGUUGGAACA